AUGUUCGCGUACUGUGACGCGCGUCUAUCAAUGCGAGACAGUGUUUGCGCGUACUCUCAAGCAAGUACGUGCGAGCGAAUAUACGAUACACAUACACCGAGAUGCGCGGGCGUGUACACUAUCAUGGUUGAAUUUUUUCCUUCGAAACGAAGAGCGAGUGAUCCAUACAUGGUAACGGUCCGCAAUACAUACAUAUGUAUUUGGGUGGGUGUGUACUACGCCGGUGAGUCACGUAUCGACUUUUCUCCCAGCCAACUUCAGGUAAUCAGGGUGGGUUUAGGACAUACCCAUCAUUUAGCUAAGGGUGGAGGAAAUACGUGUACGUUCAUCGAUGAGAUCAUCGAAUAUUGUACCAACGAAAAAAGAAAAUUAAAAAUGUUGCUAGUUUAAUAAAAUAUCUUGAUAAAAUAUCUUCGCAUAGUACAAUUUUAUUUAAAAGGCAGGUAUAUAUUUUAAGGAUUAGAACACAAAUUUGCGUUGAGUUUUAUUUCAGUUAUUUCAUAAUAACCGACAGUAACAUCAUUUAUAUGCAAAUUACAUACGUACAUACGUGAAAAACUCGCAAUUACAUGCGUAGAAUUUAUCUAGCUUGGGGCUGAGAAACGGACGAACGUUCGAAGAUUGUUGUUACGAUAACUGAAUUAUAAUCAUGUUUGUAGCAAUCGAAAUGAUUGCGGUUUUAAGGAGAAGGAAAAUCUCGAGAGUAUUAAAAAAAAGAGGUCGCAUUCGUAGGCCGACAGCGUUGGCCUGCAAUUUUGGCGAAUUGAAAUUUUGUCAACGAUCAUAUCCGCAGAGACUGGAGCGCAGAAUCGUAUGAGAAGUUGGCAACGUUGUCGACGCUGGCUGGUGAACAGGCGGCGGGGCUUGGAUAUCAACCAAUCAGAAACGUUGCUUGAGCCUCCCCACGUCACUCCCCGCAAUCCUGCCGAAGCUUGAAAAUCUGUAACGGACGCCGCUGCCUGGGCAUAUUCGUUUCUGGGCUCUCGUGACGAGUUAGCGUGUAUCUCGUCGUUAGUUCGAUUAUCGCAGUAA